CUUCAGUCUUGUAGCAGCGGGCCGGAGGGAAGGAGCUGCGUGACCCUGAGAACAAUUGUAGGAUUUUUGCUUUUCGUUUUGUCUGGUCUUUUCGCGUGAUCUCGCUCUUCAGCGUAAAUUCGCUCGAUGAGAGACGGUGUCACCUUCCCUCUCCCGCCCACGUGAAAAUUCAUCUUAUCGUUAUCGGCAGUUCAUCCAUGCGGUCCGAAUCUCGUUCCUUUCUGUGAAGUGAAUUGUCAUCAACAGACCGUGGACUCGGACUUUCAGUGGUGUUACAUGUACCUUGGGACUAGACUGCUGCACCGUAGAACGUAGGAGAAACACAUACGAAUAUGCUGAUAAGAGAGUUGGCGGCCAUAUGGGUCGCCGUCCUCUUGUGCCAUCUUCAGCUAACGGAGUCUCAGGUUCCUAAUACAAAUGUCUUCAUCUGUCCAAACGGAUGGGAGCUGCGAGGCAUACACUGUUAUAAAUUCUUCAACAUCAGACACUCUUGGGAAAAAGCGGCGGAACUAUGCAGGAGGUACGGGAGCGAGCUGAUGGUGGUGGAGUCUUACAGCGAGAACAAUAUGUCGGCUAGUAUGAUCGGCCGGCAUUUCGAUCGUUACUGGCUGGGACUCGCUUCGCUCGACGAUCUGCGAACCAACACUCUCGAGUCCGCCGCAGCGAUGCUUGUCUCUCAAUAUGCCGGUUUCUGGGCGCCGAGACAGCCGAAUCCGCAGUCAGGCGAGUGCGUAGACGUCGUCUUGACGGACGACCGACAAACGUGGGAAUUGACCACGUGCGAGUCUCUUCUUCCUUUCAUGUGCCGUGCCAACGCCUGUCCUUCCGGUUCGUUCCACUGCUCGAACGGCAAGUGUAUCAACGCGGCGUUCAAGUGCGACAAGCAGGACGACUGCGGCGAUUAUUCCGACGAGUUGGACUGCCCGGCUAACUGCCAGUAUUACAUGGCGAGCAGCGGCGACGUCGUAGAGAGCCCGAAUUACCCACAUAAAUAUGCACCCCUCAGCAAUUGCAAGUGGACUCUGGAAGGCCCUCAAGGUCACAACAUUCUCCUACAGUUCCAAGAAUUCGAGACCGAGAAGAGUUUCGACAUAGUUCAGAUCCUCGUAGGCGGUAGAACCGAGGAGAAGUCCGUGAAUCUUGCGACUCUUUCGGGCAAGCAAGAACUCGGCAGCAAACUCUUCGUCUCAGCCUCGAAUUUCAUGAUAAUAAAGUUCAGUACUGACUCUUCGGUAGAGCGAAAAGGAUUCCGAGCUUCGUGGAAAACCGAGCCACAGGCUUGUGGCGGAAUUCUCAGAGCGACACCGCAAGGACAAGUGCUUACGUCCCCGGGUUAUCCGCAAAAUUAUCCGGGCGGUCUCGAGUGCCUGUACAUUCUGCAGGCUCAGCCUGGACGUAUAAUGUCUCUGGAGAUCGAGGACUUGGAUCUCGAGACGAAUCGGGAUUACAUUCUCAUAAGAGACGGAGAUUCACCGAUGAGCCGACCGAUUGCACGUCUCACCGGACAAUCUGAGGACAAUCCGAUUGUCAUUAUGUCCACCGGAAACAAUUUAUAUCUGUACUUCAAAACGAGCCUAGGCGAUUCCCGUAGGGGUUUCAGUAUUCGCUUCACGCAGGGUUGCAAAGCUACGAUCAUCGCGAGAAACGGAACGGUUAAAUCGCCUUCUUACGGCCUUAACGAUUAUCCCAAUAAUCAGGAAUGUUUGUACAGAAUUCGAAAUCCCGACAGAGGACCGCUCUCCCUGAAAUUUGUCAAUUUUGACGUUCACAAAACAGACUACGUGCAGAUAUAUGACGGCUCCAACACGAAUGGACUGCGUUUACAUUCCGGAAGCGGUUUCACUUCGAACACUCGACCUAAGAUCACGCUCACUGCGGAAAGCGGAGAAAUGUUAGUGAGAUUCGCCUCCGACGCUUUGCACAGCAGCAGCGGCUGGAAAGCUGAAUUUUCUGCCGAUUGUCCGCCAUUACAACCUGGUGAGGGAGCUUUAGCGUCGAGUAGAGAUACAGCUUUCGGCACGGUGAUUACAUUUUCAUGUCUGCUGGGACAGGAAUUUGCCACCGGCAAAUCGAGAAUUUCCACGGAGUGUCUGCCCGGUGGUAACUGGUCUAUCACGUAUAUUCCUAAGUGUCAGGAAGUUUAUUGCGGUCCAGUGCCUCAAAUUGACAACGGAUUCUCGAUCGGUUCUACGAACGUUACUUAUCGAGGAUUAGCGACCUAUCAAUGUUACGCGGGAUUCGCGUUUCCAACCGGAAGACCGACGGAGAAAAUUUCCUGCUUGGCUGACGGAAGAUGGGAGAAGAAGCCUUCUUGUUUAGCGUCUCAAUGCGCCCCGUUACCAGAAGCGCCUCAUUCCAACAUAACUAUCUUGAAUGGAGGUGGUCGAAGUUACGGUACGAUCGUUAGGUUCGAAUGCGAGCCUGGCUAUGUACGAAGCGGACAUCCGGUCAUUCUUUGCAUGAGCAACGGUACCUGGUCCGAUCAAGUGCCGACGUGUUCGCGUGCUAAAUGUCCGCUGCUGCCAACAAUAAAAAAUGGAUUCGUCGUCGAUACGAACAUAGAUUACUUCUUCGGCGAUGAAGCCAGAGUGCAGUGUAACAGAGGCUACAAGCUAACCGGAUCAAAUAUCAUACAAUGCGGACCGUAUCAGCAAUUUGAUAACGUGCCAACUUGCGAAGAUAUAAACGAAUGCACGUCUAGCCAAUGCGAUCUGGCCUCUACGGAAUGCAUAAACAAUCCCGGCGCGUUUACUUGCAAAUGUAAACCUGGUUUCGCACCGACAAUGGAGUGUCGGCCCAUCGGUGAUCUCGGGCUCAUAAACGGUGGCAUUCCUGACGAAUCGAUUACAGUUUCCAGUUCGGAAAAUGGAUACACAAAAACCGGAAUUCGUUUGAACGGCUACGGCUGGUGUGGCAACAAUAUCGAACCAGGCGCGAAUUGGGUGAUGAUCGACAUGAAAGCGCCUACGAUAAUCCGCGGUUUUCGCACGCAGAUCGUAAACAGGCCCGGCGAAAACAUCGCGUACACUACAGCCGUACGAAUUCAGUACACGGAUGAUUUGACGGACAUUUUCAAGGAUUAUACUAAUCCGGACAAAACGCCGGUAGAAUUCAGGAUUCUCGAAGCGACCCUCUCCGUAUUGAAUCUUCCGGUGCCGAUCGAGGCACGCUAUGUGAGAUUCAGAAUACAGGAUUACGUUGUUGCGCCGUGCAUGAAGUUGGAGAUAAUGGGCUGCACGAGGCUGGAAUGCACCGACAUCAAUGAGUGCGCUUUAGGAAACGGCGGUUGUCAUCAGAAGUGCAUCAAUAGUCCUGGCAGCUAUUCCUGCAUGUGUAACACGGGCUUCGAACUGUACAAAGGCAACGGCACCGCUGGAUACAAACUGGCAAAAUCAGAAACCGGCGAAAAGGACGGCGACUUGUAUCAGAGAAAUAAAACGUGCGUGCCGGUGAUGUGUCCGUCGUUGACCGCGCCGGAAAACGGAAAACUAUUGUCGACUAAGGAGCAGCAUCAUUUCGGUGAUCUCGUCAGAUUCCAGUGUAACUUUGGUUACGUACUGUCUGGAUCUUCCGCUGUAAUUUGUACUUCUUCCGGAGUCUGGAACGGAACUGUUCCCGAAUGUCAAUACGCAAAAUGUGUAUCGUUACCGGACGACAAAAACGAGGGGCUUUCUGUGAUUCGGAACGACGAGACCAGUGUGCUGGUGCCGUUCAAACAAAACGUCACUCUCAAGUGCGGCAGUAACGGCCGCUACUUGCGCAAUACCGCGACUUCCGGUUUCCGGCAAUGCGUCUACGAUCCUAAACCUGGUUUGCCUGAGUAUUGGCUGUCUGGCUUGCAACCGGCUUGUCCUCGCGUGGAUUGCGGGAAGCCUCUUCCCACUCCUGGAGCCGAGUAUGGCCAGUACUUGGACACCAAGUACCAAUCGUCUUUCUUCUUCGGUUGUCAAGACACCUUCAAACUGGCCGGUCAGACCAAUCGCAACGACAAUGUUGUGCGCUGUCAGGCAAACGGCGUAUGGGACUUUGGAAAUUUACGAUGCGAAGGUCCGGUUUGCGAGGAUCCCGGCAGACCAAGUGACGGUUAUCAGAUUGCCCGUAGCUACGAACAGGGAUCAGAAGUACAGUUUGGUUGCAGCAGGCCCGGUUACAUUCUUAUCAAUCCACGUCCGAUUGUUUGCAUUCGCGAACCCGAAUGUAAGGUCGUAAAACCACUUGGCUUGACUUCCGGACGAAUUCCAGACUCAGCGAUAAACGCCACUUCCGAGAGACCGAACUACGAAGCCAAGAACGUACGAUUGAACUCCGUAACCGGUUGGUGCGGCAAGCAGGAAGCUUUCACUUACAUCAGUGUCGAUCUCGGUCGCGUCUACAGAGUGAAGGCAAUCUUGGUCAAGGGUGUGAUUACCAACGACAUCGUCGGUAGACCCACUGAGAUCCGGUUCUUCUACAAACAGGCGGAUAACGAGAAUUACGUGGUGUAUUUUCCAAAUUUCAAUCUGACUAUGCGCGAUCCAGGAAAUUAUGGCGAGCUCGCGAUGAUUACAUUGCCUAAGUACGUUCAAGCUCGUUUCGUGAUCCUCGGUAUCGUCAGCUACAUGGACAAUGCUUGUCUCAAAUUCGAGCUGAUGGGAUGCGAGGAAUCAAUGAUCGAGCCAUUGUUAGGUUACGAUUAUGGAUUCUCGCCGUGCGUGGACAACGAACCACCAGUCUUCCAAAACUGUCCUCAGCAGCCUAUAGUUGUGCAGAAGGGAGCCGAUGGGGAAUUGCUUCCGGUGAACUUUACGGUGCCGACGGCCAUUGACAACAGCGGAAGUAUCGCUCGACUAGAAGUGAAACCUCAGACCUUCAGGACGCCCAUUCAAAUUUUCCAAGACACUGUUGUAAAAUACAUAGCUUACGAUUACGAUGGCAACGUUGCUAUUUGUGAGAUUAAUAUCACCGUGCCGGAUGUGACUCCACCACAACUGAGCUGUCCUCAGAGCUUUGUUGUCGAACUGACUGAGAAACAAGAUAGCUACUCCAUUAAUUUCAACGAAACGCGAAGACGCAUCAAUGCCACAGACGCAUCCAGUCCUGUGAUAAUCACUUUCCUACCGGAACGCGCGGUGAUUCCGAUUGGUAGUUUCGAAAAUGUUACGGUAUACGCGACUGACUACAGCGGAAACAGAGCGACCUGUCACUUCCAAGUGUUGAUCCAGGCGACGCCCUGCGUCGAUUGGGAGCUGAAACCGCCGGCUAACGGUGGUUUGAAGUGUCUUCCGAGCGAUAAGGGAUUGCAGUGCAUAGCCACUUGUACAACUGGAUACAGAUUUACCGAUGGUUCGUUCACAAAGACGUUCGGAUGCGAUGUCAGUAACAAAUUGUGGACACCUUCAUCGGUAGUACCGGAUUGUGUGUCAGAAAACACUCAGCAGGCGGAUUAUCACGUAAUUGCCUCUGUAACUUAUCGCGCGAACGGCGCCGUUUCUCGAUCUUGCUUGCCGAUGUAUCAAGACCUCAUGUCUCAAUAUUACACGAAUCUUAAUAAUAUUUUGACGCAACGGUGUUCGGCAGUUAACGUGAAUAUGAAUGUCUCUUUUGUGAAAUCAGUUCCUUUCUUGAUAGAAGAAAACGUUCUUAAGAUGGACUUCAUAUUGGUUAUUGUCCCAGCAAUACGUCAAUCGCAACUGUACAACCUUUGUGGCUCGACAUUAAAUCUUAUUUUCGAUUUGUCAGUACCGCAUGCAAGCGCGGCCAUUGAACCUCUUUUGAAUGUUUCUGCAAUCGGAAAUCAGUGUCCGCCGCUUCGCGCUCUCAAAUCAUCUAUUAGUAGAGGUUUUACGUGUAGUAUUGGUGAAGUGUUAAAUACGGAUACCAACGAUGUUCCUCGUUGUUUGCACUGUCCAGCCGGAACGUUUGCCGGAGAGAAGCAGAAACAAUGUACACCUUGCCCGAAAGGUUUCUACCAAAAUAACGAUCGUCAAGGUACUUGCUUACGCUGUCCCUUCGGCACAUACACGAAAGAGGAAGGAUCGAAGAGCAUAGACGACUGCAUACCAGUUUGUGGUUACGGCACGUACUCACCUACCGGUCUUGUACCUUGCUUGGAGUGUCCCAGAAACAGCUACACCGGCGAACCGCCAGUAGGAGGGUACAAAGAUUGCCAGACUUGUCCAGCUGGAACGUUUACCUAUCAACCGGCCGCACCCGGUCGUGAUCGUUGCCGUGCCAAGUGUUCUCCUGGCACGUACUCGGACACGGGAUUAGCUCCUUGCGCUCAGUGUCCUAAAAACUUUUAUCAGGCCAAGCACGGAGAAACCACCUGCGUCUCAUGUCCUACGAACAUGUACACGAGCGGAUCUGGUUCGGUGGGUCCUGAGGAAUGCAAGCCUGUUCAGUGUACUGAAAAUGUGUGCCAACAUGGCGGUCUCUGCAUGUCUUUGGGACACGACGUACACUGUUUCUGUCCGGCUGGUUUCUCCGGAAGACAUUGUGAGAUCGACAUCAACGAGUGCGCGUCUCAGCCGUGUUACAACGGCGCUACUUGCAUAGAUCUACCGCAAGGUUACAGGUGUCAAUGCGCCACCGGGUAUUCCGGUAUAAACUGCCAGGAGGAAAAGUCGGAAUGUAACAACGACACAUGUCCCGAGAGGGCUAUGUGCAAAGACGAACCUGGAUAUAACAAUUACACUUGUCUCUGUCGAUCAGGAUAUACUGGAAUUGAUUGCAAUUUUACGAUUAAUCCAUGCUUAGCCAGCGGAAAUCCUUGCAACAACGGUGCGACCUGCGUGGCUCUUCAACAAGGUCGCUACAAGUGCGACUGUCUACCAGGAUGGGAGGGUCAGAGCUGCGAGAUCAACACCGACGAUUGCGCUGAACGGCCCUGCUUACUCGGUGCCAAUUGUACCGACCUAAUCGACGACUUUUCCUGCGAUUGCCCGCCAGGAUUCACAGGCAAACGUUGUCACGAAAAGAUCGAUUUGUGUUCUGGCAAUCCGUGUCUGAACGGGAUCUGCGUAGACAAGCUCUUCAGCCACGAGUGCAUCUGUCAUCCGGGCUGGACUGGCGCGGCCUGUGAGACUAACAUCAACGAAUGCGCGUCCAAACCCUGUAAAAACAAUGGCCAGUGUAUCGAUCAGAUAAACGAUUACACUUGCACCUGCGAACCCGGUUUCACAGGCAAGCAAUGUCAGCACACUAUAGACGACUGCGCUUCCGAUCCUUGCCAAAAUGGAGCGACAUGCAUCGAUCAACUGGAAGGAUUCGUAUGCAAAUGCAGACCUGGUUUUAUCGGAUUGCAAUGCGAAGGCGAGAUUGAUGAAUGCCUUAGCGAUCCUUGCAAUCCGAUUGGCACUGAUCGUUGUGUGGAUCUCGACAAUACGUUUGUCUGUCAAUGCCGCGAGGGUUACACUGGUUCUUCCUGCGAGAUCAACAUAGACGAUUGCGCAUCCAAUCCUUGUCUAAACGGCGCAACAUGUAGAGACGAAGUCGACGGCUUCAAGUGCAUAUGUCCCGAAGGAUGGACCGGAGUUUACUGCCAGACGGACGUCGGCAUGUGUCAGAAUCGACCUUGUCAGAACGACGCCAAUUGCGUGGAUCUGUUUUUAGAUUACUUCUGUGUCUGUCCGUCCGGAACCGAUGGCAAGCAAUGUGAAACGGCGCCGGAACGUUGCAUCGGAAAUCCGUGCAUGCAUCACGGUCGCUGUCAAGACUUCGGUUCUGGCUUAAAUUGCACUUGUCCCGACGAUUACACGGGUAUUGGUUGUCAAUACGAAUACGACGCCUGUCAAGCCGACGCUUGCAAAAACGGCGCUACUUGCAUCGACGAGGGUCCUGGAUUUACAUGCAUAUGUCCUCCGGGAUACACAGGCCAAACUUGCGAGGAAGAUAUAAUCGAUUGCAAAGAGAAUUCCUGCCCGCCGUCGGCAACCUGCAUCGAUCUUACCGGCAAAUUCUUCUGCCAAUGUCCGUUUAACUUAACUGGAGACGAUUGUAGAAAAUCUAUCCAAGUCGACUACGACUUGUACUUCAGUGAUCCAGGACGCAGCAGUGCUUCGCAGAUUAUUCCAUUCUUUACUGGUUCAACGAAGAGCCUAACAGUCGCUAUGUGGGUGCAAUUGACACAAAGAGACGAGACCAGUGUUUUCUUCACUCUUUACGGAGUCAGUUCUCCGCACGUUCCAACAAAUCGCAGACUCAUGCUUCAGGCGCACAGUAACGGAGUCCAGGUAUCUCUCUUCCACGAUCUGCUGGACGUCUACUUACCAUUCCGAGAAUAUACUACUAUAAACGACGGCCAGUGGCAUCACAUCGCAGUUGUGUGGAACGGCGAAAAUGGCGGAGAACUAAUCUUAAUCACGGAAGGUCUCAUCGCUAGCAAGACCGAAGGCUACGGUAGCGGCAGGUCACUUCCAGCGUACGCGUGGUCGGUAUUGGGAAAACCACCGAACGAAAACACGAAGGGCUACACAGAAUCGGGCUUCCACGGUCAUCUGACUAAAGUGCAAAUAUGGAGUCGCGCAUUGCACGUUACGAACGAAAUCCAGAAACAAGUUCGUGAUUGUCGUACCGAACCAGUUCUUUAUCAGGGUCUGGUGUUAACUUGGGCGGGAUAUGACGAUACCACAGGUGGUGUUGAAAGAGUCGUGCCGUCACAUUGCGGACAGAGAGUUUGUCCACCCGGUUACGGCGGCAACAAGUGUCAGCAACUCGAAGCCGACAAAAUCCCACCUAAAGUGGAGCACUGUCCGGGCGAUCUCUGGGUGAUCGCGAAGAACGGAUCGUCUAUUGUCACCUGGGAUGAGCCACGUUUCAGUGACAAUGUUGGUAUCAAGAAGGUUCAGGAGAAGAACGGACAUCGAUCUGGCCAAACGUUAUUAUGGGGUACUUACGAAAUCAGUUACGUGGCUUACGAUCAUGUCGGAAAUUCCGCUACUUGCAAUUUCAAGGUUUAUGUACUCUCGGACUUCUGUCCGACACUGGACGAUCCCAUUGGAGGCACACAGCAGUGCAAAGAUUGGGGUUCGGGAGGUCAGUUCAAAGUCUGCGAGAUUUCUUGCAAUUCUGGACUCAGGUUCUCUCAAGAAGUUCCUAAGUUUUAUACGUGCGGCGCGGAAGGCUUCUGGAGACCCACGAGUGAUCCUAGUCUACCUCUGGUGUACCCUGCUUGUACAAGCGCUACACCAGCUCAAAGAGUUUUCCGAAUCAAGAUGAACUUCCCUACAUCGGUGCUUUGCAACGAAGCUGGUCAGAGUGUGCUCAAACAAAAAGUUCGAAACGCCGUGAAUUCUCUAAACAGAGAUUGGAAUUUCUGCUCCUACUCACACGAAGGAACUCGUGAAUGCAAGGAUCUUAACAUCGACGUGCAGUGCGAUCAUCGCAUACGCGCAACAAGAGAAACGAGCGAGGAGGACGGCGGAACGUACGUCGUUUCUGCUGCUGUGCCCGCAGAACCAACGAGACAGGGUCGCCAAGGCAGUGAUACCUACGAGGUGGAGAUCUCGUUCCCGGCGAUAAAUGAUCCAAUUCUGAACACUAAUUCGAACGAGCGCUCCACCGUACAGAUGUUGCUCGAGAGAUUAAUUCUUGAAGAGGAUCAAUUCGACGUGCACGACAUUCUACCUAAUACCGUGCCGGAUCCUGCGUCUCUCCUUUUAGAAUCCGAUUACGCCUGUCCGAUUGGCCAAGUUGUUAUGGCGCCUGAUUGCGUGCCAUGUGCCGUGGGAACUUACUACAACGAAGAGACCAGUCAGUGCGUAUCCUGUCCCAUCGGCACUUACCAGAGCGAAUCCGGACAACUGAAAUGCAGUUCCUGCCCAGUGAUCGCUGGUCGUCCCAGCGUGACAGUAGGUCCUGGCGCGCGCAGCGCGGCAGAUUGCAAGGAGCGUUGUCCCGCCGGCAAGUACUACGACGACGCGGUCGGUCUUUGUCGCAGCUGCGGUCAUGGAUUCUAUCAACCGAACGAAGGCAGCUUCUCUUGCUUGCUCUGCGGCCUCGGCAAGACCACGAGAACGUCCGAGGCGGUGUCCCGCGAGGAAUGCAGAGACGAGUGCGGAUCGGGACAGCAACUGGCCGUCGAAGGAAAAUGCGAACCCUGUCCGCGCGGCACAUAUCGCACUCAAGGUGUGCAAGCAUCCUGCCAGGCCUGUCCUCUCGGUAGAACGACGCCGAACAUGGGAUCCGCGGCGAUAGAGGAAUGCUCGCUUCCGGUUUGCGAGUCUGGCACUUAUCUCAACGGAAGUCUCAACGAGUGCGUGGAGUGCAAAAAGGGAACCUAUCAAUCGGAACCCCAGCAGACCUUCUGCAUUCCGUGCCCGCCUAACACCAGCACCAAAGGACCUGCUGCUACAAGCAAGGCAGACUGCACGAAUCCGUGCGAGACCAGCGGCGAGGAGAUGCACUGCGACGCAAACGCGUACUGCCUGCUCAUACCGGAAACGAGCGACUUCAAGUGCGAGUGUAAGCCCGGAUAUAACGGCACCGGAACCGUGUGCACAGACGUAUGUCUGGGUUACUGCGACAACGAGGGUGUUUGCCUGAAGGAUUUGCGCGGACAACCAUCGUGCAGAUGCAGCGGCAGCUUCACCGGCAAACAUUGCACGGAGAAGUCCGAGUUCUUCUACAUAACCGGUGGCAUAGCGGGUGGCGUCAUCUUGAUCAUCAUUGUGGUGCUGCUUGUCUGGAUGAUUUGCGUGAGAGCCUCUCGAAAGAAAGAACCGAAGAAAAUGCUCACACCAGCCACCGAUCAGAACGGUUCUCAGGUAAACUUCUAUUACGGCGCACCAACGCCUUACGCCGAAUCGAUAGCGCCGUCACAUCACAGCACUUACGCUCAUUACUACGACGAUGAGGAGGACGGUUGGGAAAUGCCCAACUUUUACAACGAGACUUACAUGAAAGAGAGCCUACACAACGGCAAGAUGAACAGUCUUGCGCGAUCGAACGCCAGUAUUUACGGCACAAAAGACGAUCUUUACGACAGACUGAAGCGUCACGCGUAUACCGGUAAAAAAGAUAAGAGCGACAGCGACAGCGAAGGCCAGUGACCGGGUAGAACAAUGACAUUCAUGCCAACGUAGAGUACGAAAAGAGCGGGAGAUAUCAAUGUAAUCAGACGGGUCGACGACGGUAUCUCAACCUUUGUGUGCGACGUUGCCGUCGUUCCUUCUGACCGAUCGACGGAUCGUGUUUUUAUUUAUCGAACACUCUUCAAUACCAUUUCGUGCGAGAUUCGCUGUCGUCCUGAUCGCGCCAUGAUACAAUGGACAUGAAAAAAAAAAAAAAAAAAAAA